AUGGCGGAGGAACCUGAAAUCAGACGCAAAGUUAUUGCCGACCGGGAGGAUGAAUACCAUGCUCAACGGCUUAAGGCCGUCUUGUCUCCUGUUCGUGCUGACCCUUUUAAAGAUGGCGAUAAGACUCCUGAUCCAAGGCUUAGUACUUACAAAGAUGUUAUGCUCAAUCAAAAGCUCACACAGGAACAACGUGCUCUGCGCGCGGAAAUCGUCGCCAAGGCUAAGGCAGGGGAAUUGAAAAUGGUAGACCCCGCGCCCCCGGUCAAACGUCGUCGUUGGGAUCAGCCUUCUGCUGACACCAAUGGUACCGUCUCAAAGGAUGCUACAGCUAAACGUUGGGAUGAGGCUGCAACACCGAUUCAGCCAUUAGGUACGCCAGGCAGCGUGGCGACUCCUAGUAGUCGCCAAUGGGAAGAAACUCCUGGCCGACCUCGGGAUCCCACUGCCACCCCGGGCUCGCGACAGUGGGCCGAGACCCCAGCCUAUGUACCUAGUGCGGCAACCCCUGGUCGCGAUCCGUUAGCUGGUACACCAAGCGCUCGUAAGAAUAGAUGGGACGAGACACCUCACUCAGAGCGUUAUGGCGCAGAUACUCCUGGUCAUGGUGCUGGGUGGGCAGAAACACCUCGUGCAGAUCAGACUCCGAGCGGUGUUAAUUCGAUUCAGGAUACACCUUCUUCCGCUUACAAAGCCUUUGGUCAGACCCCAAACACAGCCGCAGCCGUAAUAGCCAAACGCAAGUCGCGUUGGGAUGAGACGCCGAUGAAAGCUGGCGCUACUCCGCUCGGCGGUGUAACUCCCAGUGGUGCUACUCCGAGUGGUUUUACGCCGUCUAUGGGAACCCCGGCAAUGGGUACCCCUGGUCUCGGGUUUACUCCUUCUGGCGCCACACCCACUGGUCCAAAAGCUAUGUCCAUGUCGACUCCAGCUUUCGGUAUUGCCAGCACAGUCCCGGGCACAGGUAUUCCAAUGACACCUGAACAGAUGCGGGCCGUACAGUGGCAACAAGAAAUCGAUGACCGGAAUCGGCCACUGACCGAUGAAGAAUUGGAUGAGAUGUUGCCUCCAGGCUACAAGAUUCUUCCUCCCCCUGCUGGAUACGUUCCUCUGCGUACACCAGCCCGUCGACUGUUGGCGACGCCGACUCCUGUGGCUGGUACACCCUUCGGCUUCCAUAUGACCACGCCCGAUGUCGGUACUGCUGCUGGUAUUGGAUCGGCUGCAAUGGGAGCAAAUGCAGUGGCGCUGGGCGAUUUACAACCAAAGGGCAAUAAUUUGCCAAUGAUGCGCCCUGACGAUCUUCAGUACUUCGAUAAACUGCUUCAGGACGUCGAUGAAGAUAAUUUGCCUCCUGAAGAAGCAACUGAGCGCAAAAUUAUGACUCUUCUUUUAAAAAUCAAAAAUGGCACACCGCCGAUGCGCAAGUCGGCUCUCCGUCAAAUUACGGACAAGGCACGCGAGUUUGGUGCGGGACCCUUGUUCAAUCAAAUCCUUCCUCUCUUGAUGUCGCCAACGUUAGAGGAUCAAGAACGGCAUUUACUGGUCAAGGUCAUAGACCGCAUUUUGUACAAAUUAGACGAUCUAGUUCGCCCUUAUGUGCACAAGAUUUUGGUCGUUAUUGAGCCUCUCCUUAUCGAUGAGGAUUAUUAUGCCCGUGUCGAGGGUCGUGAAAUCAUUUCUAAUCUGGCAAAGGCUGCAGGCUUGGCGACUAUGAUUUCGACAAUGCGACCGGAUAUUGACAACGUUGACGAGUACGUGCGAAAUACAACUGCUCGUGCUUUUGCUGUUGUGGCUUCUGCUCUCGGCAUCCCUAGUCUCCUGCCAUUCCUGAAGGCUGUCUGUAAAUCGAAGAAAUCGUGGCAGGCACGACACACGGGGAUCAAGAUAGUGCAGCAGAUUUCUAUUCUUAUGGGGUGUGCCAUCUUGCCUCACUUGCGUUCCCUCGUUGAGAUUAUCGAACAUGGUCUCGUCGAUGAACAGCAGAAAGUUCGCACUAUUACGGCUCUUGCUCUUGCUGCUCUAGCUGAAGCGGCGACACCCUACGGUAUCGAGUCUUUUGAUUCCGUUCUCAAGCCCCUUUGGAAGGGUAUUCGUAGUCAUCGCGGUAAAGGUCUCGCCGCCUUCUUAAAAGCUAUAGGUUAUUUGAUUCCUCUUAUGGACGCAGAGUACGCCAACUAUUACACGAGAGAGGUUAUGCUAGUACUGAUUCGAGAGUUUCCUUCACCCGAUGAGGAGAUGAAGAAGAUAGUUUUGAAAGUGGUAAAACAGUGUUGUGCUACUGAAGGUGUCGAACCUGAAUACAUUCGCAACGAAAUUCUGCCUCCAUUUUUCCGACAUUUUUGGAAUCAGCGCAUGGCUCUUGAUCGGCGCAACUACCGACCGCUGGUAGACACCACCGUGGAAAUCGCAACAAAGGUAGGUGCCACUGAGAUUAUCACACGUAUUGUUGACGACUUGAAAGACGAAUCGGAGCAGUAUCGUAAAAUGGUUAUGGAGACUAUUGAGAAGGUCAUGUCGGCUCUGGGCAGCGAUGAAAUCGAUGCUAGGUUGGAGGAGCAGUUGAUUGACGGCAUUCUCUACGCCUUCCAAGAGCAGACUACCGAGGAUGCGGUCUUAUUGACUGGGUUCGGGACGGUUGUUCAGGCUCUAGGCAAGCGUGUGAAACCCUACCUACCUCAGAUAUGCGGUACCAUACUCUGGCGUUUGAACAAUAAGUCAGCCAAGGUCCGUCAGCAAGCGGCCGAUUUGAUCAGUCGCAUAGCCGGUGUCAUGAAGGUUUGUCAGGAGGAGAAGCUCAUGGGCCACCUGGGUGUUGUGCUAUACGAAUACCUCGGCGAGGAGUAUCCAGAAGUUCUUGGAUCUAUUCUAGGCGCACUCAAGAGCAUUGUCAAUGUAAUUGGUAUGACAAAAAUGACCCCCCCCAUCAAGGAGCUCCUUCCACGUCUUACGCCUAUCCUAAAAAAUCGACACGAAAAGGUCGAGGAGAACUGUAUUGAUCUUGUGGGUAGAAUAGCUGACCGUGGAUCUGAAUAUGUCUCUUCACGCGAGUGGAUGCGCAUCUGCUUCGAGUUGUUGGAAUUAAUCAAAGCCCACAAGAAGUCCAUUCGCCGUGCCACAGUUAAUACCUUCGGAUAUAUUGCUAAAGCUAUCGGUCCGCAUGACGUACUUGCUACUCUCCUAAACAAUCUGAAGGUGCAGGAGCGUCAAAAUCGUGUGUGUACCACAGUUGCUAUUGCUAUCGUUGCUGAGACUUGCUCUCCUUUCACGGUACUGCCCGGUUUAAUGAACGAAUACCGAGUUCCAGAGCUGAAUGUGCAAAAUGGCGUGCUCAAGUCGCUGGCGUUUAUGUUCGAGUACAUCGGCGAGAUGAGCAAAGAUUACAUUUACGCCGUCACCCCUCUCCUUGAAGACGCUUUAAUGGAUAGGUUAGUCUCUAUUAGAAGUAGUAAUUUUUUUUCAUGA